AUGGGGAAGGAGCUUGGCGUGAAGGGAUCGAAAGGCGCCGAGGGCGGCCUUUUUUCGCGUGCAGCGGGCUUUGAUGCAGAGCUCGAUGCGAUGUUUGCCGCUGCGCCGCCGGUCGUGAAGCGCGCGCCUGUGCAGGCCGAGAAGGAGGACGAUGAGGAGGACGAUGAGGAGGUGGAGAAGGACGAGGACGAGGACGAGGACGAAGAAGAGGACGAAGAAGAGGACGAGGAAGAGGACGAGGAAGAGGACGAGGAAGAGGACGAGGAGGAGGAAGAGGAAGAAAAUGACGAUGGCGAUGAAGAGGUCGAAGAUAUCGACGAGGUCGACGAAGCCGACAUCGAGCCGACCAAAGCUGCCAAAGCUGCCGACCCCAACUCGGUGCCUGCCGAUACCGAGCUCGAGGAACUGUCCGGCGCCGAGGACUGGGACGAGGACCAGAUGCAAUCGUUCAUCGACGGCGACGCUCGGUCCAAGUCCAAGCAAAAGGUGCCUCUCGAGGACCCCAAGGAUACCGAUGUCGGCCGCAACAAGCGCACGAUCUUUGUCGGCAAUAUUCCGAUCGCCGCCGUGACGAGCCGCGCGCUGCGGAAGCAGCUCAUUCGGCACAUCGAGAACCUCUCGCCCUACCCCGAAUGCACCAAGAUUGUCUCGCUGCGUUUCCGCAGCGUCUCGUUCCGUGUGCCGACCAACGACUUUGCGCAGGACGAAGAGGCGGCGAAUGCCGCGAGCAAGCGCCGCGAGCGUGCGCGCAAGUUCCGCGAGAUGCAGGGCGAGAAAGACAAGGAGGACCCCACGCCAAGCCAGCCGCUGCUCACCGCGCAGCAGAAGCGCAAGAUUGCCUACAUCAACCAAGAGGUCAAUGAGAAAGCAGACGCGGUGAAUGCGUACGUCCGUAUCGGUGAGCCCCGCAUGGUCCACGCCGAGCUCGCCAAGCACAGCAAGACAGAUGCGGCGUACGACGCGCGUGUCACGGGCGCGGUCCUUGCCGCGCUUCUUGCGCGUGCGAUGGACAACUCGCUCUUUAGCGAGCGCCAUCUGCGUGCGGACCUCGUCACGCCGCUGGCCCCCCACGAGAUUAUUGAGUCUGGCCUGGACAAGGUCCGCCUCGCCGACGGCACACCGCUCGGUGGCCACAGCACGAGCCAGGAUCUGAAGCGCACGCUCUUUGUCGGCAACCUUGACUUUGAGGCGGGCGAAGAAGAGGUGCGUGCGCUCUUUGAGAAGCUCGUGCGCGAGGAGCGCGGCGAGCCGCCGGCGGCCGCCGCGUCGUCGCUGCGUCUCGAUGGCGCGUCUGGGCAAGGCACGCGCCGCGGCGAGUGGGUGCAGAGCGUGCGUAUUGUGCGCGACAAGGCGACGCAGCUCGGCAAAGGCUUUGCGUACGUCAAGUUUUACGAUGUCGCGUGCGUCGACGAGCUCCUCGCGAUGCACGAGGCCGAAGAGGCGUUCAUUGCCGCCAAGCGCCCUCAGGCACGCGGCAAAGUCAAGCAGGUCGCCAAGCCGAUCGAGCUCGCCGACGGCGAGACCUUCCGCCGCCGCAUCAAGCUCCGCAAGCGUGCGCUGCGUCUGUCGCGGUGCAAGAAUACCAACACGAGCGAGCGGCCACGGAAGCGCCCGGCAUCCGACUCUCCGCGCACGCCGCCCAAGCGCCGUGCGGACGCGUCGCGUGUGCGUUCGUCUGGCGCGCCGACGCCGAACGGCUCCUCGCCGACGGUACGCCGCUCGGCCGCGGAGCGGGAGAAGAACGCGUCAUACCUUGCGUCGCUCAGCAAGGACCAGCGUGCACUCGCCAAGAAGAGCGACCCCGAGCGCCAGGCGCGCCGCAUGAACAAGAAGCAGGGCAAGAAGGCCGCCGAAAAGGUCAAGGCGGCGGUCGGCAGCAAGCGCGACAAGGUCAAGCUGCCGCAGCGCUCGGCGGCGAAGAAGAUGGCGGGGAGUAAGAAGGCCAAGUAG